AUGGCUCCCACAGAUCCCCAUAACCAUACUACCAAUGGAGUUGCUCCAACCCUGCGCAUCGCCAUCAUCGGCGGAGGACCAGCUGGUCUAGGCGCCGCCAUUGCCCUCUCUUCCCUCUCAUUGUCCAACCCUGCCGUCGACGUGCAGCUUACCAUAUACGAGAAAGCCAAGGUGCUGAGAGAGGUAGGAGCCGGUAUUAACAUCGGGUAUAAUGGCUGGCGGGUGCUGGAGUUGCUUGGUGCCGCGGACGGUGUUCGCGGGCAUUUGCAGGUGGAUGUUUAUCAUCGAAACGGCUUGAACGGGGAGAUCAUCAAUUCACGCUCCUCGGCCGAGUCUACUCUUCCCUUGAAGUACAGAUCGAGACGUGUCCGGAGGACCAGGUUGCAGUCUGCCCUGCUCGCGCGGGUUCCGGAGGGUGUUAUCCAGUUAAAUAAGGAGCUUGUCUCUCUGGAAGAUGUCAAGGGCGGUGGUCUGCGACUCGUCUUCAAGGAUGGGACGGAGACAACAGCGGACCUGGUACUUGGGGGAGACGGGAUUCGGUCUGUAGUUAGAGAGGCUAUCUUUCCAGCACACAGUAUCAAAUUUACUGGCACCACCAUCUGGAGAACCCUCAUUCCAACUUCCUCGGUAUCCCAUCUACCGGACCUCUACCCGGCAAUACAAUGGUGGCAUGGACCGUCUGGCCACUCGUAUUUCUCUCUCGUGGAUGACCCAGCUGAAGUCCCGGGGUCGGAGCAGAUGUUUGAGAUUGCAGCUCGGUAUGUUGUCGAUCCUGAAACGGACAAGGAGAGCAGGUUCAGCUGGGGUAUUCCGGCCACGAAGGAACGGGUAGAGAAGCAUUUUAGAGAAUACGAUCACCGCGUCCGUGAAGCCAUAGCUCAGGUUCCAGAGGGGAACUGGAAAGAAUUCGCUGCCUUUGCUGGGCCUAGACUGGAGAAGCUCAUUGCUUGGGACAAGGUGGUUCUACUGGGUGAUGCCAGUCAUCCUCUCUCGGGAGCCUUUGGAUCAGGAGCUGCCUUUGCUCUUGAGGAUGGCUGGAUUCUAGCUCGUGCGCUUGAAUACGCGCAUCGAAAGAAUGACAAUGGCAGCUUGACUACCCCCAAAGCCGCCAUUACUGAGGCACUGUCGAUCUUCGAUGAGAUUCGUUCUCCAUACUAUCUUCGAAUGUAUGAAUACCUCGAUAACCAUAAACGACAAGUGCAAGAAGCCAGAUCCCAGGCAGCUUCUCAGGACCCAGACCCCGUGUCGAUAUUCGAGAAGACUGUCCGGACCAGGAUCGAGUCUUUCAAUGUCGGGGAUCAGUUGAAUUGGAUUUACCGGAAUGACAUCGAGACAUGCUGGGAGCAGCAUGUGCAGGCUCGGGAGGAAGAGAAGACGACGGCGACGACGACACAAACGACCACGGGCAAGUGA